AUGGCCGCCGGUAACUUCACGCUCCUCCCGGGGCAGUACCACCCUUACUACCCCGUCGAGGCCCAGAUCGCGGGCUACCUCGCCAACAAAUGGAACACAUUUGAGCUGGUCAGCAUGUUUGCUGCUGGAUGCGCUGCCAUCUUCGCCGUUACGUUUGUCCUUGUCAAGAGGAUACGACCAACGCUCAGCAACGGUGACCUCUCAGCCAUCAUGUGGUUCGUGCUGUGUGGAUGCAUUCACUCCUUUUUCGAGGGAUACUUCGCCGUCAACUUCAGGACCAUGGGAAGCAUGCAGGAUCUGUUUGGCCAGCUGUGGAAGGAAUACAGUCUGAGCGACUCGAGGUACCUGACGCAGGACGCCUUUGUGCUGUGUAUGGAGACUGUCACUGCUGCCUUCUGGGGUCCCCUCUCUUUCGUCUGCGCCGGCCUCAUCGCCUACGACCACCCCCUCCGCUACCCCCUCCAGCUCAUUGUCUCGCUCGGCCAGUUCUACGGCGACAUCCUCUACUACGCCACCUCCAUGUUCGACCACUACAUCCUCAACGUCUCAUACUCGCGCCCCGAAGCUUCCUACUACUGGGGCUACUUCGUCCUCAUGAACUUCUUCUGGAUUGUCAUUCCUGGCUUCUUGAUGUACCAAAGCGUAACCGCAACCGUGAGCGCAUUCAGCGCCGUCAACGAUGCGGCCAAGCUUAUGGCCAAGUCCGGCCGCAUGAACGGCAAGAAGGUCAACUAA